CUAACGCAGGCGCAGCGGGUGCGCGCUGUUUCCGGGAGUCGGCGCCGCGGUCGGUUCUUUGGAUGCUGCUGCGGCCGCCGCUGCUCGCUGCGGAACUCUGCGCGUGGAACGGCGGCGGCCCGGGCGAGGCCAGAGUUCCGGCCGCGCUGCAGAAUGGAGAUAAUCCGGAGCAAUUUUAAGAGUAAUCUUCACAAAGUGUACCAGGCCAUAGAGGAGGCUGACUUCUUCGCCAUCGAUGGGGAGUUUUCAGGAAUCAGCGAUGGUCCUUCAGUCACUGCAUUAACAAAUGGUUUUGACACCCCAGAAGAGAGGUACCAGAAGCUUAAAAAGCAUUCCAUGGACUUUUUGCUGUUUCAGUUUGGCCUCUGCGCUUUUAAGUAUGACCACACAGAUUCAAAGUAUAUAACGAAGUCAUUUAACUUCUAUGUUUUCCCCAAGCCCUUCAGUAGAUCCUCACCAGACGUCAAGUUUGUUUGCCAGAGCUCCAGCAUUGACUUCCUAGCGAGCCAAGGAUUUGACUUCAAUAAAGUUUUUCGCAAUGGAAUUCCGUAUUUGAAUCAGGAGGAAGAAAGGCAGCUGAGAGAACAGUAUGAUGAAAAACGUUCUCAGGCCAAUGGGGCAGGAGCUCUGGCGUAUGCGUCCCCUAACACUUCAAAAUGUCCUGUGAUGAUUCCUGAGGAUCAGAAGAAGUUUAUUGAUCAAGUAAUAGAGAAGAUAGAAAGUUUGCUACAGAGUGAAGAGAAGAACCUGGAUUUGGAGCCAUGCACUGGGUUCCAAAGAAAACUAAUUUAUCAGACUUUGAGCUGGAAGUAUCCCAAAGGCAUUCAUGUUGAGACCUUAGAAACUGAAAAGAAGGAGCGAUACAUAGUUAUCAGCAAAGUAGAUGAAGAAGAACGCAAAAGAAGAGAACAGGAGAAACACACAAAAGAGCAGGAGGAGCUGAAUGAUGCUGUGGGAUUUUCAAGAGUCAUCCAUGCCAUUGCUAAUUCGGGGAAGCUAGUUAUCGGACACAAUAUGCUCUUGGAUGUCAUGCAUACAAUUCAUCAGUUCUACUGUCCCCUGCCUGCGGACUUGAAUGACUUUAAGGAGAUGACAACAUGUGUCUUCCCCAGACUCUUGGAUACUAAAUUGAUGGCCAGCACACAGCCUUUUAAGGCUAUCAUUAAUAACACAUCCCUUGCUGAGUUGGAAAAGCGGUUAAAAGAGACACCUUUCAACCCUCCUAAAGUUGAAAGUGCAGAAGGCUUUCCAAGCUAUGACACGGCUUCUGAGCAGCUCCAUGAGGCAGGUUAUGAUGCUUACAUCACAGGACUGUGCUUCAUCUCCAUGGCAGAUUACCUAGGUUCUUUACUCGGUCCUUCAAAAAUUUGUGUGUCUGCCAGAUCAAAACUCAUUGAACCCUUUUUUAACAAGUUGUUUCUUAUGAGGAUCAUGGAUAUCCCCUAUCUAAACUUGGAAGGGCCAGACUUGCAACCUAAACGUGAUAAUGUGCUCCAUGUGACAUUCCCCAAAGAAUGGAAAACCAGUGAUCUUUACCAGCUUUUCAGUGCCUUUGGUAACAUUCAGAUAUCUUGGAUUGAUGACACAUCAGCCUUCGUUUCUCUCAGCCAGCCUGAACAAGUACAAAUUGCUGUCAACACCAGCAAAUAUGCAGAAAGCUAUCGGAUCCAGACCUAUGCUGAGUACGUGGGGAAGAGGCAGGAAGACAAGCAGAUGAAGAGGAAAUGGACAGAAGAUGGCUGGAAGGAGGUGGAGAGAAAGCGGUCCAGCAUGCAGGGUGUGUCCCAGUCGCUGCAGAGCCACUAUUAUCACACCAACAGCUUCACCUGCUUAGCUGGAAAAAGAAGUCUGAGCCCUGAUCCAGAGAAAGCUGACCUGGAGGACAGAGCAUCAGGGGAGAUCUCAGAUUCUGAGCUUGAGCAGACAGAUGCCUGUGCAGACUCCCUCCCAGAGGGAAGGAAAAAGGCCAAGAAGUUAAAAAGGAUGAAGAAAGAGCUUUCUCCAGCAGGAAGCGGUGCAGACAGCCCUGCCACACUCUUUGAAGUCCCUGACACAUGGUAACCGAGACCGGAGUGGAGCAUGCCACAGAUGCGACUUCAGAGAGCCAGCCCAGCCUGAGAGUUUGGAAGCCAUACUGUAUUUAACUUAAUUAGAUGUGGAAUGGGAGGGGUUUGAAGCCAGGUACAUCUCCUGAGAAGACUUCUUUUUAUUUUUGUGACUGUUUCUCUAUUUUCCCUUUUAAUCUGAACUAACCAUUAACACACAUCACAAUUGUGGCCUUGGUGGAUGUGUACAUCAUUAACAAAUUAAUCACCUGUUGCUCCUGGGAUACCUGAUGAGUAUUGGCAGUCCGCCCUGGGAGGAAAUCAGCUGUGAACCAUGCCAGGGGAGCCAACCUCCGGGGUCCUCUGGUCAGAUUUGGGCUGAGCUCCUUUCUACCUAUAGAGGUGCCAUUCCUCCACUCAGCCUGUGGUGCCAUCACAGGGCAUGGUCACUGUCUCCUGAUGGGCAAGCAGUUGUGCCUCCUGCUUCUCACAUUGCCACCUGGAAACCUUACCUCUGUAUCUGCCCUCUGUACCUGGGGUCAGACACCCAGCACUUGGGUUCGUCUUGUCUUGUGACAGGAGGCUGACCCACAGUGACUUCAGUGGACGCCUAGGCCUAGGGAGCACAUUUAUUUCAGGUGAUUUUCCCUCAGUAUCCAGUCUCUCAAUGGUGUCUGAGUGAAAAGCUGGUUUGUCUAUUUCUACAUAUAGUGCUGCAUUCACAGUGCAGUGGCUUAGCCUGCUUGUCUUUUCUGUGUGUCUGGACACAUGGCAUGUGCGUGUGUAUGAGAAUGUAUGUAUAUAAAAUCAUGGCAGACUUACAACAUGCAUGAAACCCUUCUGAGACAGAUCCAACAGUGACAAAGCAUCACACGCUUCUGGAUAUGUAAUGUUUUGUAUUGUGAAAAUAAAAAUGAAAAAUGUAUUUCCAAAAGUUGGAAUUAAAGAAAUUUUCAUAGAA